GUAACUCGCGGAUGUGACGGAUUGUACGAGCCUGGGAAUGAUUGGCGUCAUGGCAUGAUGGGCAUGGAGAAGGCAUGGCAUGGGGCGGGCCAUGGUCAUCAUAAAAUAAAAAUAAUAAAAUAUUUCCUGACAUUCAGUUUCACAAAACUCGAUGUUCUUUGGGAAUUUUAUGCUUUUCUAUGAUUGUUCAAACUGAAGAAUUCUACUAAUACCAAGCUGAAUUCAAACGAAGUAAGAUUCUCAACUUGUAAAAUUCAUGGAGGUGAUCAGAACAGCAGCUAAGGUGGGGUUAGAAGCACAAAGAAAACUGGCAGUAACAUCUGGUCAAAAGAGUUGCAGCUACAGCCAACUACUCACCUCUGCUUGUCAGAUAUCAAGCAUAUUGAAAACGGGAAAUUUUCAAUCAGCUACUGUUGGAAAUUUUCAAUCAGCUACUGUUGGACAACCCACUGAAUUGGGUUACUUGGAAAAGCCAAAGGAAGGACUUUCUGAAUUACAAAAUGCAUUUAAUGGAACAACUGAUCUGGAGGGGGCUCGUAUUGGGAUCAUAGCAAAGCCAUCUGCAGAGUUUGUAGCUGGCAUGUGGGCCACCUGGAUAAGUGGUGCCGUCACAGUCCCAUUGGCCCUCAGCUACCCACAAGCAGAGCUUCUCCAUGUCAUUAAUGAUGCGGGGGUAUCUAUAGUUAUGGGUUCAGAUGAGUAUCAUGAAAUUCUCAAUGAAAUUGCUGAAAAAUCUGCUUCACAUGUUUAUCUUCUCCCUUCAGUUCCAAAUCUUGUUUUAAACAGUGACAGGCCUGAAAGUAGUGGAGCAGAAGAUGACACUUCCAGAAACCUAUUUAAACAUAUUUUGGCAGAGAUUGAAAAAUCAACUUUGAUCAGAGGUAAUGAACCAGCAUUAAUUAUUUAUACUAGUGGCACAACAGGUAAACCAAAAGGCGUUGUGCACACACAUAAUGGCUUGAAUGCACAGGUCAAAAUGCUAACAGAAGCUUGGGAGUAUUCAUCAGCUGACCAAUUUUUGCAGUGUCUUCCACUACAUCAUAUUCAUGGCCUUGUAAAUGCCUUGCUUGCGCCUCUGUAUGCUGGUGCAGUGGUUGAAUUCAUGCCAAAGUUCAGUGUGAGGGGAAUAUGGCAGAAAUGGCGUGAAUCAUACCCAACUGCUGGAAUCAAGGCUGAAAAUGCAAUAACAGUGUUUACUGGGGUACCAACAAUGUAUGUCAGGUUACUGCAAGGCUAUGAUGUUAUGGAUCCUGAAUCUCAGAAAGCUUCUGCAGCUGCAGCAUGUCAAUUGCGUCUUAUGAUGUGUGGCUCAUCUGCUCUUCCUUAUCCAAUCAUGGAACAAUGGGAAAGAAUCACUGGUCAUCGGCUUUUGGAGCGUUAUGGCAUGACUGAGUUUGGAAUGGCACUUUCAAAUCCUCUUAAUGGAUUCCGAAAAGGAGGAACAGUUGGGAAACCACUUCCUGGUGUGCAGGCCAAAAUUUUGGAAGAAGAUGCAAGUAGUUCUCCUCAAGGUGAAGGAGAGUUGUGCAUUAAAAGCCCUUCCAUAUUUAAGGAGUAUUGGGGACAACCUCAGGUUACCAAAGAGUCCUUUGGAGAUGAUGGCUAUUUCAGGACCGGCGAUACAGUAAAGAUAGAUGAGGAUGGAUUCUUUGUCAUUUUGGGACGCACAAGUGUUGAUAUCCUUAAGGUGGGGGGUUAUAAGCUCUCAGCCUUAGAAAUUGAAGCAACAAUAUUAGAGCAUCCAGACGUAUCUGAGUGUGCUGUGCUAGGACUACCGGACAAAGAAUAUGGAGAAGCGAUCUGUGCAGUAAUUGUACCGGAAUCUGAGGCAAAGAAAAGAGCAGAAUCGGAAUCUAAACCUGUUAUCACUUUGCAGGAGCUUCAUAACUGGGCUAAGGAAAAAAUCGCUCCAUACAAGAUUCCUGGGCUCUUAUAUGUAUGGGAUUCGCUACCUCGUAAUGCCAUGGGCAAAGUGAACAAGAAGGAGCUGAAAAAGCUAUUACUAAAUCCAUGAUUCAUAAUACGUUAUUUGAGAUGGUAAAGGGAACUUGAGGUUCUGGCAUAACCUGCACAUCUCUAGAAAUCUGGGAACCCUUUUAAAACAGUGAAAUGCUAUUUAGUCUUGUUCCCUAUUAGGUUUGAAUUUUAGAACAAUGCUCCCAAUUUUCUUACAUCCUCCCAGUGAGGAGUGUGAGGGGUAUUAUGGACUUAGUAGUUAAUAUUUAUCAAUUGAUUGUGCCUAAAUUCUAUUUUUUUAAAGAUGUAACCGGACCCUCUCUGGCUUGUAAUUUUGAUUCUGCCAUUGAUUUAUUUUUUAAUACAUUAUUACAUAUAUAAUGUCAACAUUACAUAAGGAAGAAUGUACUUAGAAUAAUACUUUUGACAACAUUUUGGGACCAAAAUGUGGGAGCUAUAUUAAAAAGGGCCAUAACAUAUGAUGGAUGCAAAAAUCAUGAGUCUGUCCCUCAAACUGAUAAUGGAGGGUUAUGGUAACAAAGCACCAGAUGCAAUUUUCAACCAUUGAUA